UAUUUUUUACAUGGAAAAUGGCUGCUUGCAGCCCAACUCGUGCUACGGACGGGGUAGAGGCAGGACAUCUUACCGAAGCCGAACCGGAGAAUGAUCCCUGGGCAGCACUCGGUCCAGUUGUGAAGAGGGAUCCGGUAAUAAAGCUCUUGAGUCCGGUCAGCGGCUUGGAGCCGCUCACGUGGUCUGAGGACCACCGACUCUCGGCCUCUACUGCAAGUGGCAUUUCUUUGAUGGAGGUAUUGUGCGAUGUUCACGGCAACAACCAAGACUUGGUGCUGCAUCGGACCUCCAUCCCCGUGCCGGACAAAGUCUGUGAAUUGAAGGUGAAUCUAGAGCACAUGUAGCUAGCAAACUUGCUUACUUUGGCGUUCAUUCCACACCUCAAAACCGCGCAUGCACAAAUUGAAGUUGUGACGUUGUUGUUUUUAACUGGGAGGGCUCCAGCUGACUGAUAUAGCCAGAACUACAGCUGAUGCCUGCUGCCUAUUUGUUUUUAGCUGCUAGCAGCAGUUAACCAUUUAUCCCAUUGUAAAACAUAUUUAGGCUAGCAAACUAGGUUGAUGAACUGCUGUCAAAAGUGAACUUACUUUGCGAUUUAGAUAUGAUCUGAAAGUCGUUUUUGUUUUCUCAGUAUGUUAUACUAAAUACAUUCAGAUACCUACUUUAAGAGGUAACUGUUUUUAUGUGUCCAGGUGGGUCCAGCGGAGGAACUGUUGAGGGCCAAAGACAAGUUCUCCAGCUCCAGUGACCCUUCAGUGAGCCAGUCCUUCAUGCUGGACAGAGUGUUCAACCCCACAUUGGCCGUCCAUAAGGGCAUCAUGUACACCAGCUGGUCCCCCCUGGGCUGUGAUGCCAACGGCCUCAGCCUGCUGGCCUCCCUCACCCUGGACCACCAGCUGACCGUCCACAGCAGCACCAAGCGUCUACAGUGGACAGUGGUGGCAGACCUGACCCAGCUGUAUGGGGAGAGCCUGGAGAGCAGAGGCUACUCAGUGCAGGGUGGGGAGCCCCCCAAGGAUAACCUCUUGGACCUGGCUGAGCUUCAGAGACGCUACCGCAUGCAGACCCCUGUACGGAUGGAGUGGUCCAGUGUGUGCACCACGCAGCACAUCCAGACCAACAACAAGUGGAAGGACGUGGGGACGGUGCUGCUGGCCGUGCUGAUGGAGAACGGAGACCUGGUGGUGUGGCAGUUCUGCCUGCCCAUGCUGGGGAAGGAUUCAGUGUUGUCCUGUAACACCAUCCAGUCUGGGGUGUCGUCCCCCAGCGUGCUGGCCUGGUGGGAGUACGAGCACAGCGGGCGCAAGAUGAGCGGCCUGAUCGUGGGCAGCGCGGUGGGGCCUGUCAAGAUCCUGCCCGUCAACCUGAAGGCUGUGAAGGGCUACUUCACCCUGCGCCAGCCCGUGGUCCUCUGGCAGGAGUCGGACCAGAUCCCCGUACACAACAUCAAGUGUAUCUCCCUGUUCCACCCCAAACAGAACUGUAACUGUAGCCUGGUGGUGGCGGCCAGGGGCUCCUACCUCUUCUGGUGCCUGCUGCUCAUCUCUAAGGCGGGCCUCAACGUGCACAACUCACACGUGACGGGCCUGCACUCCACCCCCAUCGUCUCCAUGACAGCCAGCCGCCAGGGGGGCUCCAUCUACACCUGUUCCGUGGACGGGACGGUCAAGAAGCUCACGCCCAUCUUUACCGACAUGGCCGUGGCCUUUAAGCAGGAGGAGAUCGUGCUGCCAGAAGGCAUGGCAGGGCGGAGGAUGCAUGGCAUCGCGGUCAGCCCCAACGGAGCCUACCUGGCCCUGGUCAGUACUGCAGGGAUGACCAAUGGUCAGCACCCAGACUCCAGGCCCUACCAGGUCCAGUUUGUGACCCUGAAGACGCCCAUCGACGCGGCUGCAGAGCUGCUGGAGUCCCAGGUCCAGAGCCUGUUCAAACAGACUGACCUGCUGGACCUGGUGCGCUGGAGGGUGCUGAAGGACAAAUGCAUCCCUGCUCUGCUGCAGGAGGAGCUGGACAACAAGGUACACAACACGGGCUCCCCCUACCUGUGGAGGUUAAAACUCUUCCUGGUGCGCGUGCUCUACCAGUCCCUACAGAAGGCCCCCAUGGAGGCACGCUGUCGCCCCACACAUGAAGACUCCAAGGUGUUUGUGGGGGACGAGGAGGGGGGUGGAGGAGGGGAAGAGGAGGAGGAGGUGUCGAAGCUACAGGACCCAGAAGCCCGGGCGUUGGAGGAGAAAAUGGGAGAGGUGAUAGCGUGGAUCGAGGCAGUAGAGGCCCACCUGACCAGGGAGCACAUGAAGAGGGUUCUGGGGGAGGUGUACCUUCACACCUGGAUCACAGAGAACACCAGUAUCCCCACUAGGGGGGUCUGUGACUUCCUCACCAGUGACCCUACGUACGAGGACAGGGCUGCCAAGGUUGGACUAGGCUACCUACACCUUUUCUAUGAUCUAUUACCAGAGCAAUAUUCAACUGUUUCAACAUUAGGCUAACCCUGUUUUUGUGCAUUAUUCAGCACCUCUCACAUCUUGCUCUCUGUACCCUAGGUCCUGAUAGGUCACAUCCAGAAGAAGAUGAACAAGCAGACGUUCCCAGAGUACUGUAGUCUGUGUAAGGAGGUGCUGCCCUUCACAGACCGCAAACAGGCUAUCUGCUCCAAUGGACACAUGUGGCUCAGGUAAAGUGUCAUCAACCUUAUUUGCAUCAACCACCAGUCACCCGAUUCCCGUAAUCUAAAUCCAGGAUUUUUUGCUAUACUAGCCUAAUUUUUAUGCCAAAGUUGCCUUCCUAAGUCAGUUGGCUUUCAUGUUGCAGACAGCAUUUUCAUAAAAAUUAGUCAUUAGUCAAUUUCAUUGACUGAUGAAUGGCAUCACAUCACCCCUAGUUUUACAAAGUUUUUUUUAAAAAGCUUUAUGAGAUUGCCACUGUCUAAACAAGGGAGCAUAAACCUCUGAAUUCUAAACAACUCUAAGCAGAAGGAGAAGUCUCCAGAGGUUCCUAGACGCUGGGCUGACACUGACGAGAGACUUCCCACACAGCAUCUUAAUGCCAAAUGCCAUUUUUAACUGUUUAUUUAUUUUCACAGAACAGUAAUGAAGCCUCCAACCUUUUGAUAUUUACCCGUGUACUGCACCCCUCCCCCCCUCUAUCCCCCCAUUCCUCUCAGUAGUUGGAUGAUAUGUGCUGCCCCUGGUGGACAGUUGUGGGAAACUGUUAGGCUACUUGCUGAAAGCAACAGCUCAGUGCUUCUCCUGUUAGUGAGACAGAAGUGGACCAGAAAAGUAUUCUCGAUUCCCUCCUGAAUGCAGCCUCUAAGUCCAACAGCACAUCUCAAUAGUCUAAGGUGACUUCCUGUCCCCAUCUCCUAGGGCAGCAUUUCCCAAACUAGGGGUCGCCUGAUUUGAAAACAGUCGUGAGAGAAACUCGGGGGGGGGGGGGGAGUAUUUUUGCCGUAACCUCCUACCUGUGGUAGCCACUAGAUGCGGUUGUAAUAAACAGAGCGGUUUAUGUUUUCUUCCUACAAAUGUGGCUAUCUUUUGUGUGGUUUAAGCUACAAAAUAUUAUGACCCCAUCACUGAAAGAAAAUACUAUCAGGAACAUGUGUCUUCUGUUUUCCUAUAAAAUGCCCACAAGCUGCGUUGGACUCAUUUAUAAUGGCGUGGGCAAGACCAGUGGGCAAGACCAGGCACUAAUCAGACUGGGGGGGUAAAGAACAUCAUCAUUGAUAUUAUUUUCUACACAGAAUUUCAAACAGAAUUAUUGCCUGAUGAUCUUCUGAACGUCCCUAUAACUUUUUGAUGCAUUUCAGUCACUUCAAACCAUACCUACUUCAGAAUGAAAUACUUUCAGACUGAUUUGUAAUAGACUGUCAUAGCCCCAAUUAAAAAAAGUUAACAUUGGCCUGAUUUACAUUUUUAAAAAAUUGUACAUGGUGAGGUUGUGAAAAAGUUUUGAUAUGAAAAUGGGGUCGUGGGCCAAAAAAGUUUGGGAACCCCUGUCCUAGGGAUGUCUUGAAUAAUGAUGUCUACCGGGAAUUCGCUUUCACAUAUUCCGUUCUUUCCAGUCAUUGCAAAUGAAGGGAAGGAGAUGAGCAAAGGAAGCCACUUUAGACUAUUGAUAUCCCUCCCACUCAGUGUCAGUGCCUGUCUGAAGCGUGCCCGUCUCUUUCAGGUGUGUGUUAUCCUACCAGGCGUGCCAGACACUCACGUACAGACGCUGCCUGCUGCAGGAUAGCAUUGCUAGACUGCCAGUGCCUGAGGGUAAGCAGCUAGCGCCACUUUCCAUCUCUCUACCUCUCUCACUCCACUCUCUUCUCUCUCUCCCAGGGCUGUUAUUCACUGUCGGCUCUCUCUCAUCCUGCUCUCUGAUCAGCAUAUCUCCUUAUAUAGCAUUGACAAUAUAAAAGAAAGUGCUUUUUUUUUCUUCAAAACCUUUUCCCACUAAUUGUCACAGACUGUCUGCAUAAACGAUUUUCAAUAAGCUUAACAUUACUGAGUGAUCAAGCUGUUGUCUGUUUACUGCUCAAAUAGUGGAGCAGAUGAUUGUGAUUGAACAGAUGAUUGUGAUAAAAUAUUCAAUGGUGGCUUAUUUAUUUUCCUCCUUCUCACUGCAGACCCAGACUGGAUCAAGAGGAUACUGCAGGGUCCUUGUACAUUCUGCGACUCUCCACUCCUCUAG